UCGACGAGAUAGCAGCAGCGAGCGAAAUCCCAUCCCAGCCCCGGGGGAACAAGAACUUGGAGUCAACGCGUGCAUGUUACGUGUUUGUCUGUGUGAUCCUUUCAUUUUUUUUUUUUCGUUCUGGUCGUGCACGUGCGUCUGUGCGUGUUGUUCCGUUAGGCGUCUGGCUGAUCGAGUCCGAUCUGGCCUGCCGAGAAGAAGUGACCUUUGAACCUGUCGUUGCACCAACAGAAGGCAGAAUAUCCCCGUCAUCCGUCCCGGUUUUGGAAUAGUAUUGACGUGUACCGUUCGUGAACGAUUGUUCGCUCGAAAACCAUUCCACAACUCCAGUAGUAGCCAUCCCGAAAGGCGUCCGGAAGAUUCGUUCCAAGCGGUAUCCGUCACUCACUUUGCUAACGAUCGUAAAACAUACUGCCAGCAGCUUUGAAUGCAACGAAAACUGAAUAUCAUAUUGUGUUAGAGAAUUCAUAAAACAAAGAUAAAUUACGUGGUUCCUCCCAAUAAACUAUCAACGUGCAAUCUGAAUGAAUUCAUGACCGAGUGUUAUACGAAAGUGAUCGACUUUGUUGUGGAUUGAACACCGAUCAAUUGAUCAACUAUAAGCCACAUUUCCGAAUAAAAUGUGCUCAAGUGUCCAGUGUUGAUGGGCCAUUAAUUCCCCAUGUCCUAGUGAAUCAGUUGGUGAUUACGAUCAGUACAGCAAAUAAACAUUGGAAAAGCAAAAACUACAUCGGAAGUAGAGUAAACUAGAAACUCCGGACCGAAGCAGACCAACCAACUCGAACUCCCGAGCCCAAGCUUGAAUGUGUGCCACCGUACGGACUGGAUGCUGGAUUGAUUUUAUUUUCAUUUUCAACAAAAAUUGCUCGAAAAUAGUUGCGCUCGCACGGGAUCGUGAGCUUGCUGGCACCGUCGGCACCUGGCUGCGUAGCGUUACGAUUGUCGUGCGUCCAACCGUGUUCGAGCCACUCUGAAGAAGCCGAAAGCAAAGAUGCGUUCGGGCUUUAUCGGUAUGAACACGAUCCUGUUCGUGGCGGUAGUCGUGCUACUGCUGCUCGACGAGACCAAGGGCAACUCCACGCCGAACAGCGAUGCCCUGAUCAGCCAUUUGACCCGCUCGCGCUACUGCGGCCGCCGGCUGACGGAAACGCUGGCCUUCCUCUGCCAGGGACGGUACCCGAUGCUGACCCACUAUCGCACCGAUUAUUACCACGACCAGCAACAGCAGCAGCAGCGGGUAAAGGUCGAGGUGGCCACCCUGCCGGAUACCCUGCCGCCCGGAUUUCCCUACCCAGGCACGGGAGUCCAUCGGCGCAGUCGUCGCAGCACCGGUGGCAUCUACGACGAGUGCUGCAAGAAGAGCUGCUCCUACGUCGAGCUGCGAGCAUACUGUGAUUGAGCGGAGGCCACUCCACUCAGGCUAACGCAAUCUGUGGGAAGUAACGAAGUGCGACAAACUGGGAAAACUGUAACCGGAAAAGCCCCGUCGUUCAGUUCGCUUUAUCUGAACAACUCCUUGCGUAUUAUCUUAUAUGUCUUGUAUCUUCAACAAAGUCGCAUACCGUUGUAGAACCAGUUUAAGAUUCAUACUUUAUCGAUAAGCUAAAGCAGUUCAGCCCAUUGCUGUUAGUCAAUUAUAUUCGCCCGGGGAUGAAAGGCCAGGGACCGUUUGGGCAUCUCAAGCGUCUCCGGUUUGGUCUGUAGCAUAGUUUCUCAGCUCCCGAUUCCAUUUCCCCAGCAGAACUCAACCGAGUGAUGUAACGAUGGAUCGGAAAGAAUUUGUUUUUAGUUGGGUGAGCCUAUUUGCUCCUUAGCGAAGAAGUAAAGUUGUUUGUCACCCUUUUUUUUUUUGAAGCAUGAUUUUUGCACACAAUAUGUUCCGUUUUUAUACGAAAAAAAAAUAUAAAUCUCAAUUUAUCAUACGUGUAACGAUAAAAUAUAGCGUUUCUGUGUUACGAACGAGGCUUACGGGUGGAUUAUUGCGUGAAAUCGGUAGAAAUGGCCAAAUGGUCAUGCGACAGAAACCAUACCACCACGAUUCUUAUCCCGCGUUCCGUUCGAAAGAUAGUAUAACCUAAGAAAGAGUAAAACAAAACCUUUCGGAUGAUAAAUUAUAGCUGGUGCAACAAAUUUUUCUGUUCCAGUAUGGCGAAGGUGUGCCGGUUUACACGCUUCGCAUUCGUUCCUGUACCAGUAUAUUUAUUAACAGUUUUUGAAGCGACUAAAAAGAAGCAUCGGCUAGCGGAAGGACGAUACAUUGGUCGGAGUUUCAUCGAGCAGUAGAGGAUGGAAUGGUUUGAUCAGUAGGAGGAACAAAUUCUAAGUAACAAUAAGAGAAGAGAGACGCUGGGGCAUGCGUUGUAGGAGAAAUGAUCGGUAACAUUCAUUAGUUAGAAGAAGUGACCAAGAGCGAAGUGAAGUGUUGUGCUUUAACUUCACUCCGAGGUGUACAACAUUAUUUUUAAGUUGGAUCA